GUAGGUAAAGUUCACACACACACACACACACACACACACACACACACACACACACACACACACACACACACACACACAUGUACGUAUCCUGACCUGUGUGUACGUAACAAAGCCAUGUACACCAAUUUUUAGUAUACAUAGAUUAUACUAAAAUAUUUGGUGCACACACACACACACACACACACACACACACACACACACACACACACACACACACACAGAGAGAGACAUACAGACAUACAGAUAGAUAGAUAGAUAGAUAGAUAGAUACAUACAUACAUACAUACAUACAUACAUACAUACAUACAUACAUACAUAGGUAGACUUCUCCUCCUCUUCCUCCUUCAAGCAAGAAGAAGAAGAAGAAGAAGAAGAAGAAGAAAGAAGAAAAACAAGUUAUAUUUAUGUAAGAAGUUUGUCCUCAUUAACCAGGCCAGGUAACUAGUCAGGAGUCACGAGGGGGCAGGGCUGACCAUCCGCAUCCCACGCCACCUACCAGGAGCGCCGCCCCCCUCUGCUCGCCCCCCGCAGCGCACGCACGCAUGCACAGACCCCCCAGCGUGUGCAAGAGCAAAUCUCUCACUACAAGCAUGGAUAAGUUGAUGCAGCAUCACAACACGGGCAGCGGGAGAAAGUCCGAAUCCCCGACACUGUCUUCGCGUGGAUCUACCCCUGCACGUCGCCUCACGCCCUCACGCCCAUCCCGCACUCCCCCCGCACUCCAGACCCAGACGACCGUGCCGGCGCCACCUCGCAGUCCCCGUCAGGCAGCGAGGUGUCCCUACACUCGCUGAAGUCAUCCGCCUCCAGCGUGUCAGCCAAGUCCAACACAUCCGCACUCUCCAACGCUUCUAACGGAUCUGGAGAUUCAAACGGCUCCUGCAAAUCCGGUAAAUCAAGCGUCUCAGUGGAAGGUAAGUCCGGAUCCGGCAGGAAAUCGGCGUCUUCAGUGCGUUCGAAGGAGUCAGAGCGGUCGGAGCGGUCAGCCAGGUCGCCGGGUCAGCGACAGGCGGCGGCAGUGGGCGGCGGCAGGCGCGGCGCGAGGGCUGCCUCCAGGGGCGCCUCCAGUCCAGCCAGCACCAGUGUGAGUGCCAAGGGGAGCCGCGUGCACUCCCCCACCACGCCCCCUGCCAGAAUGACCCGUGCCUCCUCAGCAGCCUCCGCCUCCUCCGCCACCUCGCUGCCCGCCACGCACAGACGCCGCAGUCACGACGCGGCGGUCAAUGGGAUGGCAAAUGGCGAAGGUGGCGGCAGCUCCUCAUCCUCCUCCUCUCGGCGCACCACCCCACCCCCACGCUCGGGCCCCGCUACCCCCUCCGGCACCCCCACCAGGCAUCCCCCCACUGGGCACCCCUCUCGCAAGCCUCUUCCUGUCUUUAACUCCUACAUGAGUCUUUUCCAAGUGCAGGAGAAACUAAAGAAAGGAGAGGUCAUUGAGGGUGUGUUAAGAAUCAACCCCAAGAAUUAUGAAGAUGCUUAUAUCAGCGCGCCGGACGGGGGGAUGGACAUCUAUAUUGGAGGGGUACUUGAUCGGAACGCAGCGCUGCACGGGGAUGUGGUGGCGGUGGAGCUGUGUCCAUCGCAGCAGUGGAAGGUGCUGUAUGAUGUCCUAGAUGAGUACCUCGACAACAACCCAUCACAACAAGCACUGCUACAACAACCACAACAACAACAACAACAACAACAACAACACAACAUUACCCUAACCAACAUUACAACAACCACUAACAACAAUAACACACACACCAGUACUGCUUCAUCUGCUACUACUACAACUACUACAACUAUUAUCGCUGCUACUACCACUACUACUACUACUACUACAAGUGCUACUACUACUACUACUGCUGCUGCUGCUGCUUCUUAUAAUAGAUCUAUGGCAAGGUCCCAGAAACUGACCAUUGCUGAAAAAUUAUCAAGUUCUCUGACAUGUAAGGAUAGUUUAAGUAGUUCCAUUGUUCACAAGCCUGUUGCCGCUCGGGGGGAGGCCGUGGGGAGGUGCAGGGGGGAGGAUCUGCUGCAGGGGGACAGUGAUGUGCUGGUGGAGGGAGAGGAGGAGGAGGAGGAGAAGUCAAAAGCCAAUAAACGCCGGAAGAAGAGAGGAGGAAGAGGGAAGAAGAAGGGCAAGAAGAAGGAUGAGGUGGGAGGGGGCACAGAGGAGGAGGUGGAGGAGCUGUCAACAUGCUUGCCUUCUCUGUCUCUGGCAAGCCCACAAGACCACCUGCUGCUGCUGCCAGGCCAAGACUUCUCCCUUCCCUCCUCCUCCCUGCCCACGGAGAGAACGGGGGAGGAGGAGGAAAAUGAAGAGGAGGCCGGGGAGUCGGACAGUGCCGGCGUGGGGAGGGCAGUGCCGCCAGACCAGCUCAGCGAGUGUGAGUCCACUGACAACGAGAGUGGCACCAGCGAGGUCCUGGAUUACGAACAGUGCCGCGAGGACCAGGCCUUCUUCCAGGCACAGUGGCAGGCCUACUACGGGUCCCAGGGCACCGAGACACCCUCGGGGGACGGUGCCACAGCAGGAGGGGCCCAGGACAACAGCAGGGCCACAGAGAAGGGGGCAGGAGCAAUGGGGAGUGAAAAGACGAACAGCACCGAUAAAUGUAUAGUGACCGCCUCUCCUUGCAUCGUGUCUGAGGUGAGUGCCACAGUGCCCCAGGCGAAGGCCGCAGGCACCAGCGUGGAAGCCAAAUGCGGCGCAGAGACAGCCAAGUGGCCGGCACGCAGGAAAAACAAGCAGGGGAAGAAGGAAGGGAAGGACAAAGCAACAGCCAAUCACGUCAUACCAGCACAGCACUACAGCAUCAACAUGGCGGUGACUAGAGGCCGGGGCGGGCACAGCAGGCAGGGCAGCGGCACCCCACAGCACAGACGCGGCCCCCAGCCCCACAGCACGCCCAAGAAGCAGACGCAGCCACGCACAGAGCCCACAGUAGCACAGGUCUCCAUUCUCGACAACUGGGAGAAAUUCGUGCAGAGAACAGGCCGCGUUGUCUACAUCUUUGACCGGAAACACCCGCGCCUGGCUGCCGGCACCCUCAGGCCCUUCCCAGACCGCAACCCCAUGCACGCCCUCUUUGCCCCCACCGACCACAGGGUGCCACGCAUGAGGAUACCCUACUCACAGCUCCCCGCAGACUUCCUGGCGCGGCACAACGAUGUCUACCAGCACAAGAUAUUCCUGUGUCGUAUUGUGCUGUGGGCCGAGCCAAAGUAUGCCAUAGGGGAGGUGGUGAAGGAGGUGGGCAGCGUUGGGGACAUCGCAGCAGAGACAGAGGUGCUGCUGCUAGAACACGGCGUGGAGACAGAAGAAUUCCCGCAGGAGGCUGUCAAGGAACUCCCCUCCCUGCCCUGGGCCAUCCCUGAGGAGGAACUAGCAGUCCGAACUGACCUCAGGGACCAAUGCAUCUUUACCAUUGACCCUGAGACAGCUCGUGACCUCGACGACGCCCUGUCCUGCACCGUGCUGCCCUGUGGUGACCUGCGUGUGGGGGUGCACAUAGCGGACGUGACCUUUUUUGUGAGGGAGGGCAGUACCUUGGACCAGGUGGCUGCCAGGCGGGCUACAUCUGUAUAUAUGCCUGAUAGGGUGGUGCCCAUGCUGCCGCGGGGGCUGUGUGAAGGGCUGUGCUCGCUGCUGCCCGGCACGGACCGCCUGGCCAUGUCGGUGGUGUGGCAGCUGUCGCCGGACGGCCGGGUGAGCAGCGAGUGGUUUGGCCGCACCGUGAUCCGCUCCUGCGCCAAGCUGACGUACGAGCAGGCACAGCAGGUGAUUGACAGCGGUGGCAGUGCGGAGGGCCUGCCAGCGGUGGAGGUGCCCCACAGCGCGGCGGCUGUGGCGGCGGUGGUGUGGCAGCUGCACGGCCUGGCCCAGAAGCUGCGGCGCGGCAGGUUUGAGGGCGGCGCGCUGCACCUGUACCAGCCCAAGCUGUGCUUCACCAUGGACUGGUCCACUGGCCAGCCCCUUAGCCUGGCCCAGCCCCAGGGCCCUGACCACAGCCACCACCUGGUGGAGGAGCUCAUGCUGUUGGCCAACAUGGCUGCCGCUCAGCGCACCCACGAGGCCUUUCCCUCCCAGUGUGUGCUGCGCCGCCACCCCCCACCCCUGGCUGGUCCCAUGGAGGCUGUGCUGCGGGCCCUGGCGGCCGCUGGCGUGGUGCUGGAUGGGUCCAGCGCCGGGGCCCUGCAGGCCAGCCUGGCGGGGCACCGGGGCGCCACAGCGCUGGCCGUGGCCGCCCUGUGCAGCAAACCCAUGCAGUUCGCGCGGUACUUUGCACCGGGGGCGGAGGACACCACCGCCACGCCGGGCCUGGCGCACCACUACGCCCUCAACGUGGCGCUGUACACUCACUUCACGUCUCCCAUCCGCCGCUACGCCGACGUGCUGGUGCACCGCCUGCUGGCCGCCACGCUGCAGCCGCCGGCCGCAAUGCCCACCCUGGCCGCCGCCCGCCUGGGCCGCGCCUGUGACCACUGCAACGACCGCAAGCGUGCAGCCAAGUCCGUGCAGGAGGCCAGCGGGGAACUGCACCUGGGCCUGCUAGUGCGGCAGGUGGGGGAGCUGCUGCAGCCCGCCGCCGUGGUGCAGGUGCUGGACCGCUCCUUUGAUGCCGUCCUGCUGCACCUCGGCCUGGUGCGCCGCGUCUACACCGACCCCCUGCCCCUCACCAGCAUGGCCUUCACUAAGCAGGACGGCCAGGCCUACCUCACCCUGCACUGGCGGCCUGAGGCGGGACGGCCGGCCUGCACGCAGCGCGUCACCCUGCUGUCCACCGUGCAGGUGGUGCUGCGCCCAGCUGACAACACCACUCUCAAGUUCCAGACUGUGCUGCUCAGGCCGGAGUAGUGCCCCACCACCACCACCACCACCACCAUGGCAGCCAUCCACCAUACUGCCCCACAUCACCACCACCAUCUCCAGAUCUCUACCACACCACACCACACUUCUGCAGCCCUCCACAGUCAGCCACCACCAGCACACCACCACACCACCAGCACAGACAGUCACGGUGUUGUCUGGUGUGACGGAUGAAAAGGUGUUUUUUUAUUAAGGAAUUUUUUUCAUGUUUUUGUAGCGGAUUUUUUUGUUAUUUGUUUGUUGUUUUUAUUGUUUUAUUCCUUCCUUUCUUUCCUCCUCCUCCUCCUCCUCCUCCUCCUCCUCCUCCUCCUCCUCCUCCUCCUCCUCCUCCUCCUCCUCCUCCUCCUCCUCCUCUUCUUCCUGUAUUUGCAUGGCAGUGCCCACUCAUCUAACACACACACACACACACGCACACACACACAUGUACUCAUCUACCUCACUUUUAGAAUGAGGAGAAAAGGAAAAUACUUAUAAUAGUAAUAUAUAGAUAAAUGUAAUAAUAAUAAUGAUAAUAAUGAUGAUAAUAAUAGUAAUAAUAAUAAUGGUGUUGAUGAUGAUGAUACUACUGCUACUACUUAUAUUAUUGUUGCUGUUGGUGAUGAUCAUUAUAACGCACACACACACACACACACAUACACACACACACACACAGCAAUCUUGUAACCAUAGCUAUGUAUAUAAGAACUAAUAAUAACAAUAAUAAUAAUACUAAUAAUAAUGAUAAUAAUAAUAAUAAUAAUAAUAAUUAGAAGGGAAAUCAAGCAUUUUUAAACUAGUAAUAAAAAAAACAAAAUAUUAAAAAAAGGUUAAUAUGUUUUGUUAUGUUAAGUUUUUUUUUUGUUAAAUGUUUGUUUGUGUGUUUGUUUACAGAUAAUAUUUUUGCUGUAUGGUUCAUGUAAGUUAUUUGUUUGUUUGCUUUGUUUGUUUGUUUGUUUGUUUGUUUGUUUGUCCAUUGUCUUGUGUCUCAUUUAUUCAUUACUAAAAAAACAAAAAGACAUUUAAUAAUUUUUUUUAACUUAUUUUGUUUGUUUUGGUUUACAGUGAUUUUUUUGUUAUUUGUUAUUGUUUUGUCUGAUGAUGAUGAUGAUGAUAGGUUAAUAUUAUUAUUAUUAUUAUUAUUAUUAUUAUUAUUAUUAUUUUAUUUUUUGUUUUGUUUUGUUUGCUUGUUUCUCUCUCUCUCUCUCUCUCUCUCUCUCUCUCUCUCUCUCUCUCUCUCUCUCUCUCUCUCUCUCUCUCUCUCUCUCUCUCUCUCUCUCUCAUUCAUUUUUUUUAUCUUCCUUCCUUUCUUUCUUUCUUUCUUUCUUUCUUUCUUUCUUUCUUUCUUUCUUUCUUUCUUUCUUCCUUCCUUUCUUCAACACCACAACAUUUGAAAACACACACACACACACACACACAGAGAACAGUUUUCAUAAUUUACACUCUUCACUUCUCACUCUCCCAAAGCAAACCCUCCCAGCCUAGCCUAAUCUCCCCCAAUAAGACCUAACAGGCGCCCCAAGGUGAUACAAGGUUUUCUCCCCCUCCUCCUCCUGCCCUCCCCAAUAUAUUCUCCCUCAAAUAAUGUGAUAUUGAUUAAUCCCCUCCUUAUGAUGUAAUUUUUAUAUCUAUAUACAUACAUAUUAUAUAUAUUACUAUUAAAACGUAGCUCAUAUUA